GCGGAUGUAAAUUGCUUGCUCAGUUGCUCCAAUGAUGCCCUUAUUUUGUCUAACAUGCAAAGUUUCUAUGGAAUUAGGUUGGUGACAGUAAGAUUUUUGAGGAAUGACACAUAAGCAAUAGUUUGUUGUUCUGGUUUGUGGUUUCUACUCUAAGUGGAAGAAACCACAUCACCUGCACUAUGCAGUUUGUGCAAAAGGGUUAUGACCAUGAGCUUUUGUCCCAUUGAAUUGUUUAUUGUUUGCAAGCCUUAGUGUCUGAAACAAAUUUGUGGUUGCUAUUGAUUGGUACAGACAUCACUAUGAGGCAGACUGAUUUGUGUGCCUGCCUUAGUGGAUCGAUCUUGUUGAGGCUCCUUUGGCACCCUUAAUGAUGCACUGCAACUACAAGUCCUUAUUGCUGAAUACAGCAAUGGUAGCAUCUUUAAUCAAGUCCUUAUUGCCGUUAGAAUGAUACUCAUGUUGGCUUCUACUUGUGCAUAAUGCUUGAGUUAGUAUGACUGUUUUAUGUAAGAUUUCGGUGCAGGUUGGUUCAUGCGAACGAAUACUUUCCAAAAAUUUCCCCACCUUUUGUUUGUGUUUUAUCUGUCUGUAACCUCAUUAUUGAUCUUGCCAUCAGUGCUGAAGCAUAUAAUCAUGCAGACCAUUUUCCUUUUGCACUUUUCCAGUCAAUGAUGGUUUUAGUGGUGUCCCUUCUGUCAAGAACCAGUUGAUCCCAAUAACUCGAGUUAUUGGGAUUAACGGGUUCUUGACAUGGUAUCAGAGCCUUCUGUGACCGAGAGGUCUUGUGUUCGAUUCCCAAUGACCCUCAUUUGUUAAGCACAUGGUAUUCUUGUCUUCAGACAUGUGCAAACUUCCAGCCCUUGUGAGUGGCUUUCGUUUGAGGGGGCGUGUUAGUGUUGUGGUAUAUGAUCCACGAUUGAACCUCUCCCAACAACUCGAGUUAUUGGGAUUAACUGGUUCUUGACACCUUCAGAUUAGGAGAAACAAGAAUUAUUUCAAAAGAUGUAACAGAGGCAAUCUCUGUCUAUUAGCAUUCUUCAUGAAAUGUAAUGGUGAAAAAGUAGUGAUAGUGUUUUUUUUCCUGUGAGCUGCCAAUUUUUGUGCAAAUAGGCUCCAGGAGACUUCCACUAGUGAAGGAUAUUUUCUGCAAUAAAGAAAGGAACCACCUGGUCUUUUGUGAUGUUGAAAUUCGGUCUCUAAAGCUAUAUCCCCUAGAAUUGGUUUCUUAUUCUCCUUGCAUGUCACAGUGAUGAUGCUUGACCUGACUUGAAUGCCACAUAUUGUCAUUAGUGCCCUUUCUUGCCAUUCUUUUCGUUGUAUGGCUGUCUAUUGCUUCAUCUAAUUUGCAAUCAAGUUGUCCUUAAGAGCAUUUGGGUUGAUGGUAAUUUUGAUUGAAGUAGUUUGUUGCUCAAGCUGUUUAGCCUUCUUUAGUAGAGCAAGUUCCAGACAUGCAGGAUUUCUGUUCCCAGCCAGAUGGGAAUAUGUUCCUGACACAAGAAUAACCACCAGGUACAACUGAUCUUCUACUGGUUCUUGAAGAAUCAGAAUCUUAAAGAAGAAAGUAUGAUGGACCACACAGUUCCUUAAUUGUAAGCGACAUGUUAAUCAAUCAAUCCCCUUCUCUACCAGCUGACAGUAGCAUAACCUGAUCGACCCUUAUCAAUGUUAUCAGUUCUAGUUUUUUAUUCUCCCCCCAAUAUCUCUUUGCUUGCAGGAGAAGCCAGAAGGUGAUAAGACGAAAUCUCAAGUUGUAGAUGACAAGACGAAAAAGCUUCACGUGCGAACCAGAAUGUUUCCUGGUUAGUCUCUAACAAUCUGAGGCAUAUUGGAAUGCCCAGGUUUCUUUUGAAAUGCUAGGGUUAUUUUCUGCUACCAUUUCGAGAUUCCUAAGGUCUAAGAUGAAGUUUCCCCCCAUUUCUCUGUGGUCUCCAACUCGUUUCAUUAAAAUGCUUGCUUGAAUGGAAACUUUCACGUGUCCUUAUCAUGUUUAUGUUGGUGCUCUCACUAUGCACUAACGACAUCAUGAUAAAAUUUCUUCAAUUCCUGAAGAGUGCUCAGACACUUAUCAUUACAGAAUAUGGUUUUAAUUUGGAUCACUAACAGAAGCUAAUAAAGGAGAAAUAAAAAGAAACCAUAUAUCUUGGAUUAGGAGAGGUCCCCUUAUGGCCUUUGUUAAAGACAAAAUGGAUGCUAGUCUAAGUAGCAUUAAAGGAAUUAGUUGUGAUUUUGGUGGUUUGGGAUAGGAUAUGUUGGCGAAGGACCUGAAAUAGAAUAAUACCCAAGUUUUAGUUUUGUGGGUUAGGUGAGGGAUCAGAAAGCUUCACAUGAAUUUAUUGGAUUUUCUAGCUUGAGAUAGGUUGUGGUAGAUGGAUGCUGUCUCCCCUAACCUUCUAGUUUAACUGGAUUCUGGCUCCCGAAAAUGUCCCGGCCGAAACAUGGCUUUCAAAUUAAGUUUUGAAUUAGUGGAAGUGUUUGUGCCUGUCAAACAAAAGAUUUGUAGUCUUGUGGUACUCGGCUCAGAUCUAUUCCACUUCUGUGGUGGCCAUGUGCGACAGAUGUUAUUAUGUCUUAAAUGGUGUUUACUUGAUUAUGAAUAGGUUGUGGCUUAACAAGUUUGUGGGUGUUUAGUGAUCUUGAUCGCAUCAACCCAAAAGAUGUUUGUCUUUUGUUUCAUGUCAUUCCUCUUCCUUUUUGCCUUUUGGUACUGCCAAUAGUAGUUGUGUGCUUUAUCAUUAGUUGUAGCUACUCAGCUAAUUGCACCUUUGCUCAGUACUUGCAAUACAACAGUAAAGACAAAUCUUCAUUCUCUGUGUAAAGUUUUAACUGGUUUGGAUGGGGACACAGAUUCAAAGCUGCACCUUUGCUUUUUCUCUUCUAUGUCGCGGGUUCAUGUGGCCUCAACAACUGAAUUCCUUGUUUUAUUUCUAAUACAUGAGUUCAAAAAUUUGUAGGGCUCAUUCACAAUGAUUAAUUACAUACUUUCAUAACUUGUUUCACUAGGAGAUCUUCACAAUUUCUCAUACAAACUCAUGCUGAACCAGAGCAGAAGACAUACUACUUGUUGGAUGAUUUAACCUUCCCAUUGGCCCUGGCCGCCAUUUCCCUUUUUAUUCUUUUGAAAAUUAUGGGAGAAUAUUGUCUUUAUUUUUUUUUUUUCUGUUCCUUUUGUCUGUAUGUUGUUGUGUUUUUGUCAUCAAACUAACUGAAAGUCCAACAAUAGGCCUACAAGUCAACAGACCAAGCAAGCAGCCAUUCCAUUUCUUCAGGUUGGUUGGGGGGUUCACACACACCAUAUAUCCCAGAAAACUCAAUCCACCUAGCUUCUCAUUCUGGUUUUUCUCUAAGAAAGCACAGAGCACAGGGGAAAGAAACCGGGCAAUGGGUCGUGGGAGCCGGUGUAAAGCAGGCAAAGGCAGUAGCACUAGCUCUGCCUCUCAAGAAGUUAGCAGCCGUGAAUGGGAGGUGGUGACAAUGAAUGAACAAGAAGAAGAUCUCAUCUCCAGAAUGUACCGGCUCGUGGGUCAAAGGUGGGAUUUGAUUGCUGGACGAAUUCCUGGGCGAACGCCUGAGGAAAUUGAGAGGUUUUGGAUCAUGAAAAGCCGUGGAUGUUCUUCUGCAGAGAGAGAAGCGUUUAAUACAACCAUGAAAGAGUGAAAGCUUAACAGCAGGCUCAUUGGAAAGUGUAGUUCCAUGGCUUCCUAGUUUUAGCUUCUUGGUUUCCCUCUCAAUGUUUACUGGGUUUUUUGAGAACCCUGUUGAGCAUUUUAUGGCUAAUGAUUCAAAUUCACAUGCGGCCACUGUAAUACUGUCAACACAAAUAUGAUCGUUUUAUUAAUUAAUCGCGCAGACAUUGCAGAACAUAACAAAACUUGUAUAUACUC